CUUCACAGAGAGAGUGUAGACAAGGAAUGCAGCAUAACUAAGCGCGUACGUUGAAAGCGAAAAGAACAUAACAGAAAACACAGAACAAUGGAAGGUUGGGACCCGAACACGAAAUCCACACUAACACAGAUCCCACUGUUAACCACAAAGGCCGGUCCCCGCGACGGCGCGGCAUGGACGGCGCGUCUGAAGGAAGAGUACAAAUCUCUGAUUGCAUACACUCAGAUGAACAAAUCCAACGACAACGAUUGGUUUCGGAUCUCCGCUUCCAAUCCCGAAGGUACUCGCUGGACCGGGAAAUGUUGGUAUGUUUAUAAUCUUCUCAAGUAUGAAUUUGAUCUUCAGUUUGAUAUUCCGGUUACGUAUCCUUCCACCGCGCCGGAGCUUGAGCUUCCUCAGUUGGAUGGAAAAACUCAGAAGAUGUAUAGAGGAGGAAAGAUUUGUUUAACUGUGCACUUCAAGCCUCUUUGGGCGAAAAAUUGCCCUAGAUUUGGUAUAGCACAUGCACUUUGCUUGGGUCUUGCUCCGUGGCUUGCGGCCGAGAUUCCCAUUCUUGUGGAUUCUGGUAUGAUCAAGCACAAAGACGAUGCGACCACAUCAUCUGAAUCUUAGUUAUUCAAUGCUUGAUUUAAGCUGUAAAAGUAGAACUCGUGUUUUAUACUUAUCAAAUUUGUCAAAAGGGAAAUAAAAUGAGCUGUUUGACUGCGUAUUUAGGAUUUUUCUUGUAACUUGCAUGCAUUUAUCUGCAGAUGUUGAAGUCUUGAGAUC